AUGACUUCUAAAAUAAAAAAUAUUGCUAUUGAUCAAGAUUCACCCGCUGAAGAUAAUGAAACUACAGAGAGUUGCACAGAUCCUUCAAUUAUUGAAAAUGCUUGUCCUCAAUGUUCCGCAUUUCGUGCCAAUGCUGAUCGAGCGUGGGAUGUUUUGCGCGAAUUUCAAGCUGCCAAUGAACAAAAUAAGAAAUUUAAAAACGAAAUUCAUCAACUUGAAUCUCAGCUCAAAGAGAGUCGUGACUAUAUUUCUGCCUUACGACAACAGCAACAGGAUUAUGAUAAAAUAAUUAAAGAGAAGGAUUUGAGGAUUACUUUAAGUGAAGAAAAAAUUGUUAAUUUAGAGGAUCAGUAUAGUCGAGUUUUGAGAGCAGGUCGUCAACACCAACACGAUUCUGACAAAAUUAUUAAAGAAAAAGAUUUAAAAAUAAAAAAUGCUGAUGAAAGAAUUGCAACUUUGGAGUUUCAAUAUAACCGUUUAGUGAAGGCAGAACAACAAAAACAACAAGAUUUUGACAAUUUAAUUAAAGAAAAGGAUCUCAAAAUUGCUUCUUGUAAUGAAAAAAUUGCCGAUUUGGAAAUGAAAAAAGACCUUGUUAUUAGUGAAGAUGCGAACGAUGUCAACAGGAACGAAGAUGUUGAUGUUGGUCAAGUAUUGGAACCUAAAGCUUUACAUAAUGAUCCUACUGCAUCUCUUGAGAUUGAUGAUGAUGAUUUGUCUUUGGGCCAUCAUGGAUCAGAGUGUCUUCAACGCCAAAACGAUUCUGACAAAAUUAUUAAAGAACCGGAAUGCUCCCAGACUGAUCCUAUUGACUCUCUUGAGAUUGAUGAUGAUGAUUUGUCUUUGGACCAUCAUGGAUCAUCGUGUCUUCAACGCCAAAACGAUUCUGACAAAAUUAUUAAAGAACCGGAAUGCUCCCAGACUGGUCCUAUUGACUCUCUUGAGAUUGAUGAUGAUGAUUUGUCUUUGGAACUGCCUCUUUCGCCUCCAAAAAAAGCUGUCCCAAAUCCUCUGUCUAUUGAUGAGAUUUUUAAUUCUAGUUUCUUUCUUGAACAUGCAAAAAACAAAUUACUCGAUGAUUUGGAGCCUUUUAAUUUUUUCUUGCCUAGUCCUGCAACUAAAUCGCCUGCACGUAAGAAGAAAGGCUUCGAAGGAUCUCAAGAAUUACGAAAGGUGAAGGAAAACGAUGAACCUCAAAUUUCGACUAUUCUAACUGCUCCACCACAAUUUUCCAUACAACUUACUGAUGAAAACUCUAAAUUGCAAAUUUUCAAUAUUUCAAAAAAAUACAAAAUCGAUAAAAAACAGGCUGCUCUUUUAUAUUCUCAAGCAAAAAGGGAUGAUGCCAACCGUAAACGACGUCUGGAACCUUCCGAUGAUGAAAACGAUGGAGGGGGAAGUAUUGCAACUUCUGAAACUGUAAAAUCUGAAAAGGCUCCUCGACAUCUUCUUCCUUGGGUGCCUCAUAGACAAGUUGUUCGUACACAAACUCGUUCUGUUUUGUCGUAUGAGGAUCACAAACGCUACGUUGGAAUUAUUGUUAACGAGUUGCAAUCUGUUCCAAAAUAUCGAUUUGAGCACAACAAAACUGAAAUACAGGCAUUGGAUCAAAAAUUGGAGGAUGAACGGAAUUUUUACAUUAAAAAUGCUUUGCAGUCUGCUAAACAAUUUAAAGCUUUUCAUUUUGAUCCAGGACAAUUAAAGAUUUUCAAUGAACAUUAUCAUGAAAUGAUUAAAUUAUACAUUGGACAACGAGUCUUUCAAGGAGUUUUGUCGUCUAUCCCAUGGCCACGAACCCAAAUUUUACAAGACUCACAAGCAUCUCAAUCUCCUCACAUUAGAACUACCAAAAUUCUUUCUCCAGGAUUGGCUCCAAAAACUCAAAUACCUGAAAUUAAACGAAAGUUUAUUUUUAGCAAUAAACCUGUACGUCAAAUGCUUUGUGAUCGAUUAAAGGACAAGCAACCUAUUGAUGAAGAUAAACAAGUUGUUGAUUUUGCUCUUUUCAAUGGUGUUCAUGUUUCAAUGGAUGCUAGUACUCUUAGACAUUUAUUAUCUGCGCCUUGGUCACAACGAAACCAAACUUAUGCAUGUAAAUUGAAGAUAACUUCACGUGUUUUCUCUGGUAAACUUUGCAAAAUUUGUUUAAUUUCUCCUCCAUUGAUUGCAUCUCGUAUUCACAAAACUGCCAUACCUCGAGCAUUUGCAAAAUGGGGACUUAAAGCUUUUUUGUUUGGAAAGGAUCCUUCUUUUGCGGAUGCUGUGUUAAGUAACCAACCUAAAGAUAGCUGUCAAUCUCUUUUGGAUGAUCUUGGAUUGGGAAAUGUUGGCAAAGUUGAUACUAAAAAUUCAAGAAAGAGAUAUUCAAUAAUUUCUUUUGACGACCCAAAAUUGGAAAUUAGCCCUCAAGAACAGCAUCAAGUCUUAAUACGAACAAAUUUACAUGCAAACGAGGAGAGAAAGGAUGGUCAACUUCAACAAAUUUCUUUGACGGCUAGAGUAGAAUUUUUGCCUGAAAUUGGCGCGGAGAAAUUAUCAAAUGAAGAACAAAUAUGGAAUUUACUUACUGGAUUACUUAAAGGAUCAGAAGAGCAUAUUAAUUUUAGGCUUAAAGUGGAAAGAGAAUCUGUUGUUUUGCAAUAUGAUCGACGUCUUCCAACCAAAAUUUCUCAACUUUCUGUUGAAGCUAAAGCGAUUUUGGCUGGACGUAUAAACAGAGUAAAAACACUUCUUAAAGAACUGCCAAAAUUAUCAGUUGGGGAAUACUUACUUAUGCCAGAUGUUGACAACGAACAAUUACAGAUUAUCAAACAACAGACUGCACCUGAAGAAAUUAGUGUACAGCAAUCUACUUCUUUUGAUAAUGUUUGUGAAGACAAGUCGAAUUUGUGGGAUGAGCCAAGUAGGAGCCGGACUGUCGGGCCUCGUUCUCUAGAAAAAAAUGUUUAUUACGAUGCUCAAUGGUUUGAUCGUUUAUUACAGAGCAAAAUUAUUUCUUCACAAAAUGAAUUAUUUGAUUAUUGGAAUGGUAUAGAUAUACAUUAUCCUUUGCAGUGGCAUGUUGUGAAAAGUCAAAUUCCUGGUGCUCUUUAUCCUAAAAGGAAUUGA